ACAGAGCAGAUAAAGAAGAGAUAUACAAAGAUGGAGGGUUCAAGCUCCAAUCAAUAUGGCAGAGUGACAGAAUACCCAUACCCAUCAAAUCUUUCUGCAUCAAGCUUUAUUAGUGUGAAGCUGAGUGGCAGGGACAAGUAUCAUAUGUGGAAGCACAGAUUCGAUGUCUGUUAGAGAGUCAUGAUAUGCUUGGUUUCAUCAGUGGAGAAUUCUUUCACUACACUGCAAAACAAGAAGGUGGUGACAGUUACAGACUGUGGAGAAGAUCUGAUGCAGUUGUGAAAGGUUGGAUCCUUGGUUCUCUUUCAGAAGAAGCACUCUGCUACGUUUUGUACUGUCUCAAAGAAAACAUCCAUCGAACCGUUGAUGCAGAUUUUGAUGCAAAAUCUCUAUGGGAUGAACUGGGGUCUAUCUAUAAUCCUCAACGACUUGUAGAUUUACCUGACCCAAAAGAGACAAGAAUAGAAGAGGCUCACAAAAAUUUGCACCGGGCUACUCUAGAUGGAGAUUGGGAUAAAGUUGAUAGCAUUUUGAAGACCGGAUAUGUUACACUGUUUAGCGAAAUCACCAAUAAUGGCAACACAGCACUCCAUGUAGCAGCGAGUAACACCAAAAAGCCGAAAUUGUUACAAAAAAUGUUGGAAACUAUACAGGACACACCAACACAACUACAUUAUCAGAUAAAUUCAGAAGGAAGCACGCCACUUCAUGUUGCUGCUAUUGUUGGCAACACUGAAGCUGCUAAAAUCCUGGUGACAAGAAACACGGAUUUGCUGUUCACCAGCGACUACAGGAAUCAGACACCACUAGCCAUAGCUCUUUGCAAUAUGGAUACCAAGAUGUCUGAGAUUCUGUUGCAUUUCAGUAAAACUGACAACAUGAAUGAUACUCAGUUUUCUGACAGAAGUGGUGAUGAGCUUCUAGCUAUUCUUAUUUCAUCUAAAGAUUUCCGCUUGGCACUUAAUUUGGUGGAGCGUUACCAAACAUUCAAAGAUGAUGCUGUGCUUAUGGCUAUAGCUCAAAAUUUCCCAAAAGAACUCAAUAUAUUAGAAAAAUAUAUAGGGACUAGCAUAAUGGGUAACAGAGUAAAAGAAGCUCUGAACAGUGUUCAGGAUGGUAUGGUUGAGAGAUGUGUUCCAUUUUGCGGAUCAUGGGUGGAAACAUUAUUCUGGCUAUUCUUUGUUGUGUGGCCAUUGAUUAGAAAGAGAGUUCGAGUUUAUGGUGAAGCUAUGCAACUAUUGUCCAAGGUAUGUCAAUUGAUAAAGGAUACGCAUUGGUACUCCUCUCGUGACUAUUACGAGCAUCCGAUUAUUGAAGCAACAGGACAGAAUGCAUAUCAGGUUGUAGAAGGUAUCGUAAGGUUUUUCCCAUCUGCAAUUUGGACUACCAACCAAGAUGGACAUAUAUUAUUCAAUAUGCUGUGAUAAAUCGUUCUGAAAAGGUUUACAAUCUAAUUUAUCAAAUGAGCGAACAUAAAAAUGGUUAUCGAACAAUCAAAGACCCUUAUCAGAAUAACCUCUUGCACUUGGCUGGAAGAUUGGCGCCUUCCAGCAAACUGGAUCUUAUAUCGGGGGCUUUUUUACAAAUACAACGUGAAUUACAAUGGUUUAAUGAGGUCCAAGGAUAUGUAUCUCCUUUAAUCGUCAAACAAAAGAACUUUUUCAACGAAACACCUCAAAUGGUAUUUACAAGAGAACACAAGGACCUUGUGAUUGAGGGAGAAAAAUGGUUGAAGGCCACUGCGGAGUCGUACACGAUUGCAGCUGCAUUGAUCACCACCAUUGUGUUUGCAGCGGCCAUUACAGUGCCAGGAGGAAACAAUCAGGACACAGGGAUCCCAGUUUUUACGAACAACAUUGCCUUCACAGUAUUUGCAAUAUCAGAUGCCAUAUCAUUAUUUGCAGCUGUUACUUCGUUGUUAAUGUUUCUGUCGAUUCUCACGGCGCGUUAUGCUGAGCAGGACUUUCUCUUGAUGUUGCCUACAAAGUUGAUAAUUGGUUUGGCCACCUUGUUCAUCUCAACAACAGCUAUGCUCGUAGCUUCUGGUGCAACAUUGUACCUUGUAUUUGGCCAAAGCAAUUCAAAGAUUCUUAUUACAAUAGUUGUGUUCACAUGCCUGCCAAUUGUUGCUUUUGUGACCCUGCAGUCCCGUCUUCUCAUAGACUUGAUGAGUGCCACAUAUGGUCGUAGUAUGUUUGGUAAGAAAAGAGAUCGCCCCUUCUAUUAAAAUAUUUUUUUAAAAUUCUAGAACAGUGGACUGAAUACAGGUGAAGUGAAAGAAAAUACUCGAGUCAUUUUGAACUGAAUAUGUGUUGAUCUCAACUUUGUAAUAUGCCACGAUUAUUGCAUGUACCAUCCACACUUGUGAAACAAAUAUAUUCUCUCC